CGCGCUUUUGAAGUCUCGGGCGCUCGGAUCUCCGCGGCCAGCGACACGCCCCUCUCGGUACCGCGACAUGCCUCAGCCGCCCGCUUCGCGGAGGACCCGCGAGGAGGUGGACGCGACGCUGCAGGUCGCCAAGCUGAACACCGCGGAGCUGCUGCCCACCGUGCACUGCCUGAGCUUCGGCCCCGGCACGAGCGGCGCGGCCGCCGGCGACUUCUGCCUGCUGGAGCUGGAGCCCGCACUGUGCCAGCAGCUGGAGGCCGGCCACAGUUUUGUGAUUCGAGGGGACAAAGAUGAACAAGCCGUGCUGUGCAGUCAAGACAAAACCUAUGACCUGAAGAUAGCGGACACGUCCAAUAUGCUGCUCGUCAUCCCCGGCUGCAAAACUCCAGACCAGCUGAAGAGGGAGGAAGCACAGAGCAACAUCGUUCACAAUGAGAUCUUUGGUUUCUCUAAUAAUUAUUGGGAGUUAAGAAGAUGCAGACCUAAAUUAAAAAAGCUAAAGAGACUUCUGAUGGAAAAUACCUAUGAAGGCCCUGGCACUCAAAAAGAAGACGAUCCAAGCCACUCAAAAUAUACAACUGAAGAUUUGCUUGAUCAAAUUCAGGCAAGUGAAGAAGAACUAAUGGCCCAGUUGCAAGUGCUAAAUGCCUGUGAGAUUGGAGGUUAUUGGAGAAUUCUUGAAUUUGAUUAUGAGAUCAGACUUCUGAAUCAUGUAACUCAGCUUGUGGAUUCUGAAUCCUGGUCUUUUAGUAAAGUGCCCUUGGCUGUGUGCCUGCAGGAACUUGGGCCUUUGGAGCCAGAGGAAAUGAUUGAACACUGUCUUAAAUGCUACGGAAAGAAAUAUGUGGAUGAAGAUGAAGUUUAUUUUGAAUUGAAUGCUGACAAAAUCUGCCGAGUGACAGCGGAGAUGCUCCUGCAGAAUGCUGUGAAGUUUAACCUGGCUGAGUUUCAGGAAGUGUGGCAGCAGAGUGUCCCCGAGGGAAUGACAACUCGGCUUGAUCAGCUCAAGGGUUUAGCACUGGUGGAUAGAAACUCAAGACCAGAAAUCAUAUUCUUGCUCAAAGUGGACGAUUUGCCUGAGGGAACACAGGAGCGCUUCAAUAGUCUAUUCUCGCUCAGAGAAAAGUGGACGGAAGAAGACAUCGCUCCAUAUAUCCAAGAUUUGUGUGGAGAGAAGCAAACUGUAGGUGCGUUACUUACUAAAUAUUCUCGUUCUUCAAUGCAAAAUGGUGUGAAAGUUUAUAAUUCAAGAAGACUCAUUUCUUAA